AUGGCGACUGAGCGCGUGUCCGCUGUUCGCAUCGCCUGUCAGGGCGAGGCUCCUGAUGCUAUCAAGGAGUACCAGAUUUACUCUAUUCUGCCGACUCACGACAUCUUCAAGCAAGGCGAGAUCAGCCCGCUCUCCCAGCUCGUCGGCUGUCCCAUCCUGGUGAUGAAGCUGCGCCCAUCGCUGCUGGUCCCCAGACCAGUGAAGAAGGACGCCCUGAUCAAGCCAGGCCGCCAAUACAGCAACAAGGCCGAGGAUCGCUUCUUCGAGAACCCUGUUGCGUCCAUGCUGAUGGCUGAAAUGCCUUCUCUGCAUACUCCUACAGCGUGGAACGCGCGUGUCGGCAGUGUGCUCAUGGCUCGAGUCGAUAAGCAGCCUUUGCACCCUCUGCACCUUACCAUCCUCAUCGCGUUCAACCAAGCUGCCAAGUCGCAAAGCGACCUGUCUCAGACGCCCUUCGAGCAAUUGCUCAUCCCGGAGUACUUCCAGCAGUACUACCCAUUCGCCGUCGACCACAUCAAGAAGGACCCAAGCUGCCCAGCAGAUGUUGACAAGGUGCUGCCACUCUACGAGCAGGAGAACCGUUCCCAGACUACGGAUGUGGAGGGUGGCGGUGUUCCAGUUUGA